GGAUGCGGCCCUGCGUCCCGCUCUGCCCUUCUCAGGCACCCGCUGGACGGGGUGGGGGGCGGCGGUCCUGUCACCCACCACCACCGGGACCCCCGGGUGACAGGUGUCCCCGGCCGCCCCAGACCCGUCUGACCCCACGCACCCGUCCAAGGGGUGCGGCCAGAGAACCUCGUCGCGCCCGCCCCGGGGCGUGAUCCCACGGAGCCCAUCCCCGUGGCACCGGGCACUGAUCACCAUGGCCGUGAGGAUCGCCAAGGAGCUGGAGGAGGUGCGGCGCUGGGAGGGGACCCGCGAUGUGCGGCCGCUGGACCGGAACGUGCUGCGCUGGGAGGGGCUGCUGCUGCCCAACAACCCCCCGUACAACGCGGGUGCCUUCCGCUUCGAGCUGACCUUCUCCCCCCACCACCCGCUGGUGCCCCCCUGUGCCACCCUUCGCACCCCCAUCUACCAUCCCAGCGUGGACCCCGAAGGUCGCGUCUGCCAGCCCCUCACCACCCAUGAGCACUGGGCACCCACUACCCGCGCCGUCCAAGUGCUGCAGGACCUGCUGCUCCUGCUGGACAGCCCCGCCCCCCAGCGGGUGCUGAGGCCGGACCUGGCCCGGGAGCUGCAGGAGCACCCCGAGGAGUUCUGGCACCGGGCACGGGAACACACCCAGCUCCAUGCCGAGCCGCGCCCCGACCUCCCCGGCCCCUGAGACCCCCAACCUGGGGAGACCCCGGCUUCCCCCCUCCUUCCCUAUGCCAGCCGGGGCUGGCCCUGGCAUCACCCCUGCCUCGGCACCGGACCUUGGGCAAGGGGGUCCCCUCUGGCACUGCAAAGGGGGUUCUGGCCCCCCACAGGAGCUGUCCCCCUGUACAUAAGGCAAUAAAUUUGCUCCAGCACCUA